AUGAGUGGAUUUAUUAAAGAUUUAUCUCAACCUCAAAGUGAAGCUUUAAAUCAAUUUAAAGAAUAUUUAAAUAAAAAAGAAACAAUUGUGCAAAUUAAAUCAGAUAUUAAAAAUAAAUUACCAACAACUACAACAACUACAACAACUACUAAUACAGAAACAGAAGAAUCAUCAUCAUCAUCAUCACCAUCAUCAAAAGAAGAAGAAAAACACUUAAAAAUUUGGAAUAUUAAUUUAGAAAAUGAUUCAAAAGAGCGUGAUAUUAUUUUAUUAAAAUUUUUACGUGCUAGAGAAUUUAAAAUUGAAAAUUCAAAACAAAUGUUAAUUGAUUGUUUAAUUUGGAGAAAACAAAAUCAAGUAGAUGAUUAUGAAAAGAUAGUUAAUGAAGCAUUUCCAGACUAUUAUAAAAACAUUGGUACCAUUUUCAAGACUGAUAAAGAGGGUAGACCAGUAAUGAUCAAUCAUUACCAUGCAAUUAAUCCAGAUGUUAUUUUCAAAGAUGGUGUGGACCAAUUUGUUCGUUGGAAAGUCCAACAAAUGGAAAUCGCCAUUAGGGAUACACUCAUCCCAUCGCAAUGGGAAAUUGAAGAUUUAAUAGUCAUUCACGACUAUAAAGAUUGCUCAUUCUUUAGAAUGGAUCCACGUAUAAAACAAGCAUCUAAUCAAACCAUUCAAACCCUUCAAAAUAACUACCCAGAAUUUUUAGCUCGUAAAUUCUUUAUUAACAUCCCAUGGUUAAUGGAGAAGUUGUUCUCAAUUUUCACAGUAUUCACAUCAGAGCGUACAAAAAGCAAAUUCAUAAUUUGUUCUGGAAAUUAUCGGGAAAAACUUUUAAAAUAUAUUGAAGCAGAUUCAAUCGCUCCAAAAUUAUCUGGUUUCGAAGAUAACCAAUCACCAAUUUUAAAUAUUAAAAUCAAACCUCAAAAAUCACAUUCAAUUCAAUUAGGUAAACUUGAUGCUGAUAAAACUAUUGAAUGGGAAUUUUGUACAAAUGAGAUUGAUUCUGAAAUUGGUGCUAAAAUUUUAAUUGAACCAAAUAACCAACCAACAACUUCUAAUGAUAUUUUAUAUUUUAAUAAUAAUAGUAAUAAUAAUAAUAAUAAUAAUAAUUCACCAACACCAAGUAAUAGUAAUUAUCCAUUCAAUUGUUUUCUUUCAAUUGAACCAAGAGAAUUUAAUAGUGGUUCAAUUCAAAUUGAAGAUGAUUCUUAUUAUACUUUAGUUUUUAAUAAUCAUUUAAAUAAACAAUGUGAUUUAUUUUAUCGUAUAACUAUAAAAUCAAAAACAACUCAUUCUUCAACUACAACUUCAACAAUCGAAACUUUAGGAAAUUAA